AUGGUGACCACUAGUGACAAGUACAAGCGUACCAAUACCAAUGGUAUGCAGCAUCAGCCACUGGACGUGGCCAUCGUCGGUGGCGGAUUGGUUGGCUCACUGUUGGCAUUGCAUUUGGGUAAGAAGGGGCACGAGGUGAAUCUGUACGAAUACCGCGAAGAUAUACGCACGGCAGAAUUAGUAAUCGGGCGGAGUAUCAAUCUGGCCCUGUCGGCCCGUGGUCGGCGCGCGCUAGCCGAAGUUGGGCUUGAGGAAGCCCUGCUGGAACACGGUAUACCGAUGUCGGGACGGAUGCUACACGACAUUCACGGCAACCGGAAAAUCGUACCGUACGAUGCAAACACCAACCAGUGCAUUUAUUCCGUUGGCCGCAAGCAUCUGAACGAGGUGUUGCUAAACGCGGCCGAGAAAUACCCGAACAUUCACAUGCAUUUUAACCACAAACUGGUCAGCGCCAAUUUGGACGAAGGCAAUCUGUCUAUGGUUGAUCCGCAAACGAAAGAGGUCAAGAGCGCUAAGGCGGAUCUGAUCGUUGGUUGCGACGGUGCGUACAGUGCCGUCCGGAAGGAAAUCGUCAAACGGCCCCGCUACGACUACAGCCAGACAUACAUUGAGCACGGCUACCUGGAACUUUGCAUUCCGCCAAAGGCGGAUGGAGAGUUCGCCAUGCCGCACAACUAUCUGCACAUCUGGCCCCGGGGACAGUUUAUGAUGAUUGCACUUCCCAACCAGGACCGCACCUGGACCGUGACACUGUUCAUGCCGUUCACACAUUUCCACAGUAUUACCGAUCAGGAGCGGCUGCUCGAGUUCUUCCGCCAGUACUUCCCGGACGCGAUCGAACUGAUCGGACGCGAGCGGCUGAUAAAGGAUUUCUUCAAGACGAAACCACAAUCGCUCGUGAUGAUCAAGUGUAACCCGUACCACGUCGGUGCGAAGGCGCUCAUCAUUGGUGACGCAGCACAUGCGAUGGUACCGUUCUAUGGGCAGGGCAUGAAUGCGGGCUUUGAGGAUUGCAGCGUACUGACGGAACUGUUCAACAAGUACGGUUCAGAUCUGACGCGUGUCUUGCCAGAGUUCAGUGAGAGGCGCUGGGAGGAUGCCCAUGCCAUCUGUGACUUGGCGAUGUACAAUUACAUUGAGAUGCGAGAUUUGGUCACCAAACGUUCGUACCUUUUCCGCAAGAAGCUGGACGAGCUGCUGUUCUGGUUGAUGCCGAAUACCUGGGUCCCGCUGUACAACUCCGUAUCCUUCUCGCACAUGCGCUACAGCAAGUGUAUUGCCAACCGUGCCUGGCAAGACAAGAUUCUCACACGCGUAUUGUAUGGCGCUUCGUUUGCCUCGAUCGCAGCUAUCGGCGGUCUGUGCUACCGCCACGUGACCGUGGGUCAUCUCGACCAGCUAUCGUCGACGAUCUUAUCCACGCUCCAGCUACUGAAACCGAAAACAAGCGUUUAA